AUGUCCCAAGUGUCAGCCACCGCAGCUGGCCACCCGGUCGUCUGGUCCGUCAAUCCAAGCCUCACGUCCGCCCUUCACCGCAACCGGUCGAGUAAACUGGCUGACACAUGCAGCACCGGCCGGUACGCCAUCGUGGUCAUCGGCUUCCUGUCCACGUUCGGCGGCGGCCGGACACCGGUCCUCAACUUGGCCGGACACUGCGAUCCCGGCGUGGUGGGCGGUGGCUGCACACGCCUGUCGGUGGACAUCAAGUCCUGUCAGACCCAAGGCGUCAAGGUGCUCCUCAGCAUCGGCGGCGGCUCCGGGAACUACAGCCUUUCCUCCGCCUCGGACGCCAAGAGCGUGGCCACCUACCUAUGGGACAACUUCCUCGGGGGCACCAACUCCACCUCCUCAUCUCGGCCGCUCGGCGACGCCGUUCUCGACGGCAUCGACUUCGACAUCCAGAUUGGUUCAGCGAGUCACUACGAUGACCUCGCUAAGAACCUCAAGUCCUCCAGCGGCAGUAUCCUGCUCGCCGCGGCGCCGCAGUGCCCGUUCCCGGACGCCUUCCUCGGCGCGGCGCUCGCCACGGAGCUGUUCGACUACGUUUGGGUACAGUUCUACAACAACCCCGGUUGCCAGUACCAGGACAACGGAGACGUGAGCAAUCUGGAGGUUACGUGGAAGAACUGGACGGAGUUCUUGUCGAAGACGCCGGCGUCGGUGCUUCUUGGCCUGCCGGCGUCGCCUGACGCGGCGGCUAGCGGCUACAUAGACCCCAAAGCCUUUGUGUCGCAUGUGCUGCCGGUGGUCAAGGGCUCCGCAAAGUACGGCGGCAUCAUGUUGUGGAACCGCUACUAUGACAACACCAAUAAUUACAGUGCCAAGCUUCUGAGCAACACCGUCGCAGCGGAUCCACCAAACAGCUCGCCAAUUCCAGGGGGCUCCGGCAACGCAUUGCCACCAAACAACUCACCAGUUUCACCGAACACUGGCCAAUCACGAAAGAAAAGGAUCAGAAUAUAUAUUAUAGCAGGCACCUCAGGCCUUUCUGGGCUGUGCGUAAUCGCUCUCAUAGUUGUGAUGUGGUAUAAGAGAUGCUAUGGCAUGAUACCAUGUUACAAAUGGCCCAGAAAUUCACCAAGGCUUGAAUCUUUUUUGCAAAAGCAAGGAACUUUACACCCCAAAGGUUACGCUUAUUCGGAAGUGAAAAGAAUGACAAAGUCCUUUGCUCACAAGCUUGGCCAAGGUGGCUAUGGAGCUGUUUACAAAGGCAACAUGCCUGAUGGUCGUGAGAUAGCUGUUAAGAUGCUGAAGGGCACUGAAGGCGAUAGUGAGGAAUUCAUGAACGAGGUGGCCAGCAUUAGCAGAACAUCUCAUGUCAACAUUGUUACUCUGGUAGGAUAUUGCCUCCAAGGUUCAAAAAGAGCUCUGCUCUACGAGUAUAUGCCCAAUGGUUCUCUUGAGAGGUACACUUUUGGCAACAGUUCUACCGAAGGAGAAGACACUUUAAGUUGGGAUAAACUGUUCGAUAUUGUCAUAGGAAUCGCACGAGGAUUGGAGUAUCUCCACACAGGAUGCAACACCCCCAUUGUACAUUUCGAUAUCAAACCACACAACAUUCUGCUAGAUCAGGAUUUCUGUCCAAAGAUAUCAGAUUUUGGAUUAGCUAAGCUGGGCCGACAAAAGGAGAGUAGAAUCUCCAUUGCCGGGGCAAGAGGCACGAUAGGGUACAUAGCACCUGAAGUGUUCUCAAGAAACUAUGGACCAGUGGGCAGCAAGGCUGACGUUUACAGUUAUGGAAUGGUGGUCCUUGAGAUGGUUGGAGCAAGGAAGAAAAUCGAUGUGAGUACAGACGACAGCAGCAGCAAGUAUUUUCCACAAUGGCUCUAUGAAAACUUGGAUCAGUUCUGUGGCCACACAAAUAGCGAGAUCAGCAGCAGCAGCAGCAGCGACAAUAUGGAAGUGCUGGUGAGGAAGAUGAUCAUAGUUGGCUUGUGGUGCAUACAGUCCAAACCGGCCGAUCGGCCUUCCAUGGGUGAAGUCCUUGAGAUGUUGGAGAGCAACGCUGCUGACCUGCAGUUGCCACCUAAGGCCUUCUGGACUGGUUAUUAAAAACCCAACUUCUACACUUUGCACUCUUUUUUAUGACAGAGCAUUGCAUUGUUCUAGUGAGUACUUACUGGGAUUUUAGCAAAUUUUUGGCUUGAAUUCACUCCACAACAUUUUUUGUUGUCUCAAAAAGGAUGAAAUUAAAAUUGGGGCUUAAUUAAUUCCCUGUAAUGGAAGACAAAAAAACAGAGUGGAUCGUAGUUCACCAGUAUAAAGUGUUGAUAAUAUCUAAGUCGAACCCGUGACCACGACCCAUGACGGCUAAACAAUAGAGGUGUGUUUGGUUUGAGAGCAAAAUUGGAUGGGAUAUGGUCGUUCAUGAAUUUUAGGAUAAAUUUAUCCAUUAUUUUUAUUUGGUUCCAUAAAUGAAAUGAGUUAUUUUUCUAUUUGUUUGGAUGGAUGACAGUGAAUGGGAUUAGAAUAGUUAACUAAUUAUAUCUAUAUUAUUUAAAAAUAACAACUUAUUAUACACUAAUACUAACUACUAAAGAAAGUGUUAUUGCAACACCCUUAUCAUCGCUGUUUGGAAGGAUGGCAAGGCGCUGAGACCAAAGAAACCUGCAGUGAAAAGUGUGUAUUCACCACCAGGUGACUGUUGGAUCUGACGUGGAAGGAAAUUGUGUAGUUUUCAGUGCGGUUCGCUUCCUCAGGCAAUUUAGCCCCCCAUCAUGCCAUUGAGUUCCUGAGCAAUGUCCGAUGUAUGGCACGUUAAUCAUGCUUGAACUCAUAAGUUCGAUCUCAGAGUGUAUAGCCAUUGAGCUCAGAGUUGAAUGUGUGCCUUGUCGGACUCUUAAUGCAUUUGUGCAGGACGUGUGCAUGUCUACUUGUGCACAAAUUUGCAGACGGAGUCCUCUUUAUCAGCCAGAUCAAACUAUGAAUCGGCGCUAACCAUGGGGCCCACUUCACUAUCAGUUUAGCCACGUAAGAGCAAGGUCAAUAAUAGAGCCAAGUGCUUGGCUAUAAGCCAAGUAAUUAGAGCUAAGUUAUACAAUAAGUUGUCUCCUACUUAUCUAUAAAACACAUUCUCUUUCUUCUCUCUUCUCACAACACUUGCUUUUUGGGCCCACUACUACCUAUGCAUCCGUGCCCGGCUUGGUGCUUAGCUAAGAGCCAAGCUAUCAUCUCUCUCCUCUCUUCUCUCCUCCACAUCAGCACUAGCUUGGCUAUAAGCCCAUUAUUGUACCUGCUCUAAGUAGGCAGGAUGGGCUACAUUUCACGAUGGGAUGGCGCGAAGGAAAGAGCCUAGGCCGGAUCUCAGUGCGAGCUCUAUAGUGUGGUUGCUAUUUUUCUUUUACCUCUUUUGUAGUUAUCUUAGUUCGUGGUACGUUGAUUGCCAUAACCUCAGUUCACUGAAGUAGAUUGAAGUGUGUUAAGAUUAGGUUACAAAAGCCAAAAGCUAAUCAAAGAGGUGAAAGCCAUAACUUUUUUUUUGAGGAAUCUAGAGGGGUUUUACCUAUUGGUCUUUCCUAUAGGGGCGAGCGGCACCAGCCCCUACAUCCAAGCGCCAUUGGCGGACCUGGCUGGGCGCAGGCGCGAUGCAGCCUCGGGGCGGGCUCGUGGCCCUGCUCUGCAGAGGGCGCAGCCAUGCAUGCUCCUUUCUCUCUUGCUCUCUCAUUUUCUGUGCGAUCCCGACCACAGCCAACAGAGAAACAAGGAAGAAGAUGACGAACAGGGUCCACUAUUGCAAGAGAGGGAGAGGGUUGAGUAGAGUGGACUACGAAUGACAUAUGGGGUCCGCUCGUCGGUGUUUUUCACCUUCCUCCACAUCACAAAACCACAACUCAACCAAACACGCCUUCAGUAUUAUUUACUUUUAGGUUAUCUCGUUGAACUAUUUAUCUCUCGUGAUUAACACGACCCCGCGCACAAAUGAUGAUGGAUUAUUCUUGCCCCCAACUAAUUAGAGAGUGUUUGGUUUGAGGUGUUAAAGUUUAACAGAUACUAUAGCAGUUUCGUCUUAUUUAGCAAUUAGUAUCAAUCAUGGAUUAAUUAGAGUUAAAAGAUUCUUCUCUUAAAUUACUCUCCAGCUAUGUAUUUAGACCCCGUUUGGUUCUCCUUGCUAAAUUCUACCUACUCUUGGGUGACUAAGAGCAUCUCCAAGAGCUUUUCUAAAUCUCACUCUCUAAAUCAUCAUUUGGAGAGUUAUUUGCAUAAAAAUCGCUUUCUAUAUUUUUUUACUUUCUAACAGUUUUGCUAAAUCUCUUGCGCACUUUAGAAAGUCAUUCACGUCUUCUAUAUUUGGCUAGCGAAAAACCCGGAAUAAACAAUAACUAUAUUUGGAUGACCAUUUAGAGAAGCUGUUGGAGGGUAGUUUUUCACCAAAAUUGCUAUUCAUAGCAUUUAGGAAAAAUAUACAAACUCUCUUGGAGAUGCUCUAAGAGCAACUCCAACCCACCUCCUAAACAAGUCCCAAUUCUAAAUCUAGAGACUUGAUAAAAAAAUCAACUCCAACACACCUCCUACUUGGGCUCCUAUUUUCCAUGCCCUCUCAAAUUAUAGUUUCAGCCCUCAAAUCUAGAACCCCCUAUCCAGUGGGUCCCACCCACCUUCCUCUCCCCAUCCAUAAAUCAAGAUAAGAAAUACAAAUGGUAGAGUUGAUGAAGGAUUUGUCAAUGAUAGGUGGGUCCUAUGUGAGAUAAGUACUUGGUCUGUUUUUCGAUGAUUAGAGUUUGGUCUUAAUUUGAGCCCCUACUUUUUUUAUCAUAGCCUGUAAAUAAAAGUUUAAGGGCUUAAUUUAGGGAUAGGCUGUAGUUGCUCUAAUGUAACUAAACUAUUUUAGCUCCUUUUAGUCAGUUUGGAACUUUAGCUACUAAAAUGACUAAAAUUUAGUUAGCAAGAGAAACCAAAUAAAGCCUUAAUGUAAGGAGCGGUAAACUUUAACAGAAACAAAGGCCUUAUACCACCAUCCCAAUUCCAAAUUCCCAAUUCACAAUUCCCUAAAAGGACAACAGCAGUGUAUUCAUGACACGUGGAUGUUGGCGUGUCUGUAAGAUUACAUUAUAGAAUCCAAAGUCUGCCCGUGAAAAGAAAAACAGAGGAAACAGGGGAAAUGGCAUGGAAUCGGAAUUCGUCACACCUGUAA